ACAGCGGAUCUCCGAUACAAACAUUUAGAAAUUUAGAAUCUACUUUUUGAAUGAGUAUUCCCAAAAGAGAACCGUAAUGAAUUAAAGAGCUUUACAAUAAAUUUGUUUAAACUGUUGCUUGAUAGCGUACAGCUCUCUGUCAAGAAAUGUUUACUGAAAUAAGUGAACAAUGUCUGUAGAUAUUAAAAAAGUUAGCCUUCACCUUGCACCAGAAAGUUCUCUAACAGAAGGAAACCCAGAUAUAUCUCAGCCAAACACAUUCAUGCUCGAAAAGGAUUUACAAGGUGGUGACUUUGCUACUUAUAUGGAUGGAGCACUAAACAACGGCCAACUUGCCAAUGAAGUCCAUCGGUUAAGAUUGAGUAAUAAACAGCUCAAGCUUGAUUUACAAGCUGAAGAAGAACAAGUACUUCAGUUGAAAAAAAGGCUGAGCAAUCUAGAAGGGCAAAAGCUAGAGUCAACAACUAAAAGCAACCAAGAGCUUGCUGCACUAGAAUCUCAGUUAGCCAAAGUACGGUCCCAGGUAGAGAAAGGAGAAGCAGUGAGGCAGAACUUGGAGUACGAGCUCACAAAAUGUCAGAGACAGCUGAACCAAAUCACACAGGCAUCAAGAGAAAAAGAAAAUAAGCUGUUGGAUGGCACCAAUGACUUGACUAAAAAAUUGAAUGAAAUAACAGAAGAAGUAAAGAGUUUGAAAACAGCUCUCCAGUCAACCCAAGCCAACGCACAUGAUGAAGAAACAAAACUGAAAGAAGAUAUUGAAGAUCUGAAGGAAAAACUUGUCAGGGCUGAAAGAGAUCUAGGCUCAUCUCUCAAUGAAAGGGACAAACUAACGGAUUUGUGCCAGCAACAUUCCAGUCUUAUUUCUGAGCUGAAUGAACAUCUUCAAGAGUAUGAAAAUGAGAAAAGAAGUUUACUUGAUAAGCUUAGAAGAACAACAUCUGAAUUGGAAUACACCAAAGAACGAGAAAGUAGAUUGAGGACUGAAUUGGAGAGCACUCAGUCAAGGACUAAAUCCCUAGAAGAAAAUAUUGAAGCAGAAAGGUGUUCACACCUUGAGACCAAAUUCAACUCAGAGAUAGUUCAGCUUCGAGUGAGAGAUUUAGACAGUGCUCUUGAUGUAGAAAAAUCUGCUAACCUGGAGGCAAACAAAGCCAUUGAGCGAUUAACACAACAAAACAGAGAACUGGAAGAUGUGUAUGAGGAGGAGAGAAAGUUUAGACGAGAAGCUGCUCAAAAACUGGACAAGGUAGAGAAAGAGUAUGUCGCCCUGAGGAAGCAGCUGUUAUCAGAACUGGAGGAGAAAAAAGCCAUGAUUGCCACCCUGUCCAAAGAAUUAGAAACACAUCAGAAAAAUUUUAAUGAACUAAAAACUGAGCUUUCAAAGGCGAAAAAACGCCAGCAAUAUCUUGAAGAAACUUACGAUGGAUCCAUCAAAGAGCUGGAGUUUCUGUUACAGACUUUCCGUUUUGAGGUUAAGAAACAAAAAGUGGCUGCUAAAGAGGAGAGCAACACUGUCAAGGGGAAGAAACCCUCUAACCCCAGCAUUGUGGUAGAAAACUUUAAACAAAUGUUGUUUCAGAUCAAAAGGAAAAUGGACACACAGUCUGAAGAGCUUUUAAAAGUGAAAAAAAAUGUGGAAAAACUAACAAAGGAACUUGAAGCCAGUAAAGAAAUCAUCAGUGCUAAAGACAAACUCAUAGAGGAUGCACAUAGAAAUUAUACAAAAACGGCAAAAGAUUUGAAUAAAACCAGAAACAAUUAUGCUGAGCUGGAGGCUACAGUAGGAAAACUGAAGACAAAUCUCCAAAACAAUGCCAGUAACCAGAACAAGGACAAGUCUCGCAUUCAAGAGCUCAGUGACGAGGUUAUGAAACUGGUCAAGCGACGGCGAACUGAAGAAGAGGACCGGAUCUGUUUCCUACAAAGUCUGUACCAAAAGCUUCUAGCUGCUCUACCUGUGCCACCUGCCCCAGAUAAAAACCUGAACCUGUCCUCCUGGGAUGACCUAGCUGAUGUGGUCACUGAACAUAUUUCAACAAUGGCUGACCUGCUGCAGGCUACUGAUGCAAAGCUAAAAACUUGCCAGAUGGCACUGCAGGAGAAACAAGAAGUGUGCACAGAGCUGAAGCAAACACACGGUGACCAGAUCACCCGGCUGACCAACGCUACCAGGGAGAGAGAGCAGGCCUGGCUUCUACAGAAGGAAGAUCUGGAGCAGCACUACAAGCAGAUCAUCAAUGACUUACAGUCUAGGUCAAAGAAAACACAAGCCAUAGCAGAUCAAGCCUGGGAGAAAGUUCGAGCCACAGGAAAUGUCCAGCAGGGUCUGGAGUCCGAAGUCUCACAGCUCAGACGCGAACUGGCUGAGUCACAGGUCAAUGCGUCGUCGCUCUUGGCCGCGUGUGCCCUGUUGAGUGGCGUCCUUUACCCUCUAAUGUCAAGGACAUCCACACUAGCCUCAGAGUGCCAUCUGCUGCAGGAGACAUUCGCCACCUGGGAGAAGUGCCGGACCCACGCCAUUUACCUGAGUCACGUGCUGAGUUCUGGCAGAGAGACGGAGCCAGACAAAGCAGAUAAGAAACUCCAGAAGAAGAAGAGUCCCAUUUUAAAGUUUCGGGUUCUAGUCUUGGCCGUGCUGGCAUCCAACAGAUUAGCAUAUCUGGGUCAAGGGUCAUCCAGCUGUUUUGUAGCCUAUGUGUUGUCUCUUGGUCAUGCAGGUGUGAGGUUUGAUGUUGGGGGACGGACAGAGACAGGCAAGUUUACAGGUCUGACAGGCAAGGAUGCAGAGAACACCAGCUCAGCAACAGACUCAAAUGAAAGACAAAACAGCUUGACUGCUUGGUUGACCAGCCAGGGCUUGCUUGAUGCUGUGUUGAGUAGCGUCACAGAGGUCUUGGAGGUGGCCAGAAAGAAAGAACAAACUGCCCACACUGACCAGAGAACACUUGUAUCCGCUGCUAGAUCAUCGCUGAGUAAAUUACUGGACAGAAUUCACCGGUUAUUUUCCAACUCACCUUACUUCACACAAACUGCACUGCGAGACAGAUCUUCCCUGGCCAGAAAGCUGGAGAAAUGUCUGUCUCACACACUGAAUGAUACACCCAACAUCCUCAAAGGGAGCUUAAUCUCAUCUCAGGAGCUGAUGAGCACGUUACAGAACCACAUCCUGGACCUGACCCAGAAACUGCACUCAGCUGAGAAGGAAAGGAGAAGACAACUCUCAGAGCUGACUGAGCUAAAGAUUCAGAUAGGGGAGACAACCAAAUCAGAUGAGGAUGGUGGUGACAAAACUAAUUCCAAGAACACCAAGUACGUUCUGGCGUCCAAGUUUGACAAGGUGUGUGUUGAGCUGAGUCUUGCCCUCAACCGUGAACAGAAAGCCCAGGUGUUGCUGCAGGAGCAGAGUGACCAGCUGACCGAGCUGACAGCCAGGCUGGAAGUCUGCGUCUCUGAUGGACUGCACCAACAAAACAGCCUCGCUCACUUACAAGAGUCGCUAGCAGAAGUGGAGAAGGAACUGCGGCAGAAAGAACAGCACCUUAGACAGAUGGGGAAACAAUCCUCACAGUUAGAGUAUGAGAGGGACUCGUUGGUGAGCAACCUUAAAGAUGCAGAAAACGCACUAAGAGCUUCACUCAGGGACAAAGAAAUUUUAACCCUUUACAUAAAAAAUGUUGAAAGCUCUCUAGAACUGGUGAAGAAACAGUUUGUUCUGUUUGUGGACUCCAAGAUGGGGGAUGUGUCAUUGGCCCAAAUUCUGUUGAACCCUGAACUUAUUCCCCAGGACAUAGGGAGAGCUGGACAAGAGUUAAUUGCCCUUCAGAAUCUUGUCGGAUGUUUUGUUGACACUCAGCAACAAGCAGUCAACAAGAUUACCUCCCUGGAGCAAGAAGUUGUCUCCCAUCGCAUCCACAUCAACACCCUCAAGCAAGAGUUGAGCAACGCUGUACAUAGGGAGUUUGUAGAGGAGGUUGAUGAUGCUACAAAUGGCGCCUUCUCCUCAUUUGAAGGGAGACAAGAAUUUGUUCUUCUCAAGGAAGAUCCCAACUUUUCUGCUGACUCAACAAAACCACUUCUAAAGUCUACUCCACCAGUUAGCCACAGUCAAAAAUCUGCUUUUCAAAUUGUCAAGUCCCGCCACACAGAGAAAAAGUCACCCAAAAAAAGCCAGUAACCCCCCCCCCCCCCCAAGCAAUGAUGGUCAACCAAAUACUCUGAGAUAGCAUGACAAAAAGAUAGUAUACUCUGCCACUGUGUCAUAGGAAAACUUGGGUUCAAAUCCUGCGUCAAUUUUAAUUUAUGUAGAAAUGUUUACUUAAGUUAUUACAUACUUAAAUAACAUUGAAUGUAAAAAUGUAAAAAUCAAAGGCUAACUUAUUGUUUUAGUUUUAUUUGUUACUCUCAGCUGACAUUUUUUUACUGUCAGCUGACAUAAUGAUGUUAGUGUCAGUUGACAUUUCUGUACUAAAUGAUUGAUGUAGCUAGGGUUGGCAAUGUCUAGGGUGUAGUUAUCAGCAAUCUUUUCAUGUUAUUGUCAAUAUAAUGUUAUUGAAAUGGCAUUGUCAUGUUAUUGUAAUGGCAAUGUUAUGGUAUUGUAAUGCUAUUGUAAUGUUAUUGUAAUGUUAUUGUAAUGUUAUUGUAAUGUUAUUGUAAUGUUAUUGUUAACUACUUGGAAAAGUUUCAACCAACACUGUACAAACAAUUGGAAUGAAGACUUGAAAUAAUCUCUGAAUUUAACAACAAUCACAGACAAAAUGAGAACAAUCCUAUACCUCAAUCAUACAUGACAAUCACAGACAACAUUGUAACAACUUUUUUCAGCUGUGUUCAAAUUUGUAAGAAUUCAGCAUUCAUAUUGUAGCACCUACAUUGUAUCUUUUUGUUUUAUUGAUUUCAAUGUACCCAUACCUUCAUGUAUAACAUAACCUUACCAUACAGUAUACAAGAGUGAGUGUGCAGCAUUAUAUUUACCUAUCUCACUUACUAAUCUCACUUAGCUGAUGUACUUCACAAACUGCCUCACACUUAUUGUAUUUCUUUUAUUGUUUAUCUAUUCAAUCAUUGGGUAAGUAGGUCAUGCUAUAUUUAGAUCUGACAAGUAUGUAUGAGUGAAACAAGUAUCUAGAUACUGGUAGAAGUAAAGGGAGAGAAAAUGUUAUAUAUUAAAGUAACAUCAAUUUUUUAGAUAUGCUUACUGGUUUUUAUAUACUUAUAAAUAAAAAAAAAUUGUUAUUUAACUGAUUCAAAUCUUUGACCAAUUUUAAAGAUUUGUCUUACCAGAUAUUGAUUAUAUUAUAUUUUAUAACAAUAAAUAAUUGAAAGGCUUUGU